AUGGCCAUUAAUUUAAGUGAAAUUAAUAUAAAUUUUGUCAAUCACCCACGUUCGAAAGAGCUGAUAACGAGUAAAUUAGAUACAUCAGCAACUCUCGAGAAAAUCCGUGAGGAGCUCUCUCAAUGUGAUGAAAAUGGCGAACCCAUCAUGGAGUUCGAUAUGAAGUUUUGCAACAAGGAAGGCCCGCAUGUGAUACAAAGGAGCAAAGAAGCGAAUUUUUAUCUCCACGAGAUACUCGAUAACAACAAUAAUCUCUACAUUAAGCGAAGCGAGAAACCCGAAGGAGCGUAUGCCUACUCUCUCGAAAUGGCAACCACCCCAGAUAACAUUAUUGAGGACUUCAAGUUAGGCCACGGUUUACUGUUUGAUCAAUACGGUGUGCGUCCUGCGCAUAAGUGUGCAGUUCGAGCGAAUUGGUCCAUCAAAGAAUCUUCGAAGACUAUAGCCUCUGUUCAGCUUAUAAACACUCACAGAAUACGGGAUACCUAUACACAUGCAAAUAACCUUACGCUUGACGAAGACGAUCCUCUCUUUAACCCCCCGGAACCAUGUUCCCAUUUCAAAGAAGACAAUCCUUUAUAUGAUGAGACGCUCGAUAAAGCGGUCAUCUUCCGAAUAGACAAAGAAUUAUGGGAUAUCAAUCUUGCACGUGAGGAUAUCAAGCCAACUGAUGAAUUUAUUGAAGCAAUAAUGAAAGCGGUUGAACAUAAUACACCACAUAAGAAAUUGGAUGAUGUAUUUUCUGAAUAUGGACAUUGGAUGAAUUGUAAAAUUAAAGUAGGCUGCAGGUUGCAACGAUUUACUCACUUUCAUGCUCCCGCACUCGGAAACGAAAAUUACAAGGAUGUUCAGGCAGAAUGGAUAGGUGGUGAGGGCUUGAAUAAAAUUCUUGAUGAUUGGUCAAAGAGAAUACAUCCUUUUAAGGGCAACUAUUUACUUUCCGCAGACAAUUCUUUAAUAAAACUUGAUCCGAGAACAUCUAGCCAAUGGAGUGUUAUUGAAAGAGCUGACUUUGUUCCAACAUAUAAGUUGCUAGAUAAAUCUUUAAUUGCCAAGAUAGAAGCAUUAUUCAGUGAUGAAACAGAAGUUCUGAUGACUGCUGAAGCACUGAUAGAUCAUCAGUAUGCUGAUCUUUGUCAAGUCAAAUUUUCUAAACCAUUAUUGAGUGAUGCAUACAAAGUUGAUGGGGAAGUCUACAACAAUGGAGAAAUAUGUGAUGCUACUGUAACAUUAUAUUUUGCCAGCAUUUAUGGAUUUUUUCUUGAAAUUGAAUGGCAUGAAUUUCUUGAAAUGGUUGAAGAUAGUCAUGUUAAAUGGAAGUUGUCAGUUCCCACAAUCCAAGACAUUCGUAGAUAUAUCCCCAACCCACGUUUGAAUGGCAGCCCACAGGUCAUUGGAGGAUUUUUGAUAUUUCGUAUCUUUUUCAAUAAACACAUUUCUCAAAACCAUAAUACCACUGUUGCUGAAAUUUCAUCCCUAUCUUCAAAACUAUGGAAUUCAGUUGAACCUAAUGUCAGAGAGACAUUUAAUCAGCUGGCUGAGCAGACAAUGUCAAUAUUCAGAGAGGAAGUGCCACUUAUCUGGCAUCAAGAUAUUCAGAAACUUGGAUUAUCUCCAUGA